GUCAAAGACUUGCAUAGAUACUGUUCGUCUUUUACUUCUCUGCGUUAUUCUUCUUCUUCAACAUCCAGUCAGAGUCUAUCUAUCACACAAGUCCUGAGACCAAAAAUCAUGUCUCAGCAUCCCAACAAUCAAAUGGCUUCUGGUUCUGUUUUCUAUUUGACUAAACCGGAGUCUUCAGGGCUUAAAAACAACACAAUCAGCUCUUGUGUAUCUGAUUACGAAGCAGCUUGGAGCCCAACAUCUCCUUUGGAGUUCAUUUUGUUCCCUAGUUUAGUGAAUCCCUUUGGUGGAUCUUCUUUGAGUUCAAUCCGGAAAACGCAUAAAAAGAGCUGGGAUUCUGGAAAAGUAGGCUUGAGUAUUGUGGACUCUCUUGAUGAUGAUCAUCACAUUGAAUCAUCAAGGAUUCUUCUUCCAUCACCUGAUAGUAAAAACAUCAUCUUUGAGUCAUUGCUGAGAACUAGGAACACUUUUGUCAACAACAACAACAACAACAAUGCGUGUCUGGAGUCGGUAGAUAGUAAGGAGAUGAAGAGACGUUGUUGUGGUAUCAAGAAAGAGAGCAUUUUUGUUAUUGCUCCUCUUGACUUGACAACGAUUGCUGAUGUGUUAGUGUUACCUCCCAAUGACUUCUUGAGCUCCUGCUUCUUUUGCAAUAAGAAGUUGGGUAUGGGGAAAGAUAUAUACAUGUACAGAGGAUACAAAGCUUUCUGUAGUGUUGAGUGUCGUUUAGAGGUGAUUUAUCAGGAUGAGAAAAUGGAGGAAGAAGAAGCCAAGUCUGGCUCUUCUUCAGAAUAGGACCUGUCUAAGAAGAAGAAUAA